AUGUCACGUCACCAAAAUUCUUCUCAACAACAACAACAUCAACGUUGUCGUCAUCACCGUCAUCGACGUCACCAUAAAGUAGCACAGCGCAUCGAAAUAUCCAAAGAUACUGUAUCAUCCAAAAUACAAGUUUCAAUAACAUCGGAUGGGCCAGUUGAUACCACGGUGGUAUUGGAUCCGUCGGUUUUUGGUAUAACAAUACCGACUGUCUCGUCACCACUCUCACCACAACCGUCGUCAUCACAAUCAUCACCACAUCGUACACUUUCAACAUGUGAAUGGGAGACACCAGUCAGUCCGUCAGUACUUGAUCUUCCAGCACCAUCAUUCAUAAAAAAUAUACCGUUGGACAUCAGUCGUCUUCGCCGACAACAACGACAACAGCAACAACAUCAACAACAACUGCAACAACGACUACAAAAACGACAACAACUACAACAACAACUACUACAACUACAACAAGAACAACUACAACAAUUCCAACAACUAAAACAACAACAACAACAACAGCAGGUACAACAACAGCAACAAAUACAUCAAAAAAUAUUUAUGGUUCCUUCGGCUCGUGGUUCAUUAACAUAUUGUAUCACCUCCGAUGCUCCAUUUGAGGCACAAAUUACUGCCUCAGGUCCGGUGGUUGUGGUCGAGCCUGCUGGUGGUGGUGGUCUUCAGGCUCGUGGUGGUAGUGGUAGUGGUGGUGGUGGUGGUGGUGUUGCUCAUCGUCAUCAUCAUCAUCCUCGUCAACAACAUCGACGAUUACAACAACAACAACCACAACCAAUUAUUAUACAACAACAUAUCUUCAUCAUUAUCAUUCUCAACAACCAUCCACCUCCUCCUCCUCCUCCUCCUCCUGAUGCUGUUCAAACACAAACGUGA